AACAAUAUUCUCACAAGUCUCUAUGUUGCUUUUUAUUUUAUUUGGUUCAUACAUAAAUCUCUAUCUAUAUUGCCUUUGUUGAUGUUAAUACGGUUUGGAUAUAAGCGGUGGAUUAUUAAAUCACACGAUCAAGUUCUAUUUUUCUUCCCUUUCUUGCACAUUCUUCUUUUAUCUUCUUCAAAUACUGACACCGAAACCCGUUCUUCUUAGUUAUUUCAAUUUCAAUUUCAAUUUUUCUCUAUUUCCCUUAAACCCUCAAAAAUGGCCGCGGAUACGCUUCCUUAUCAAAACGGCGUCGUUUCCAACUCAAAUUCAUCCUCCGCCGAUGCCGUCUCCGUCAAGAAACCGCGGGAGAACGACCGACGUCGUCGCCGCAGGAAGCCGAAGAAAAACAACAAAAAAUCAUCCGAACAACCGACUCCUAACACCGCCGAAGACAGUGACGACGCUAAGGAGAAUACUGAUCCGAAGCAGGUUGUUGAACAUGUUGAAAUUGAGUAUGUACCAGAGAAGGCAGACCUAGACGAAGGCAUGGAUGAAGAAUUUAGAAAAAUAUUUGAGAAAUUUAGUUUCAGUGAUGUCAUUGCUUCAGAGGAAACUGAUAAGAAGGAUGAGUCGGCAGAAAAUGCAGCUACUAAUAAGAAGGCUGAUUCUGAUUCCGAUGAAGAUGAAGAAAACGAAAAUGAGCUAAAAGAAAAAGGUGUAUCAAAUAAGAAGAAAAAGCUUCAACGACGAAUGAAAAUUGCUCAACUGAAACAAGUUAGCUCAAGACCUGAUGUUGUUGAGGUUUGGGAUGCUACAGCAGCAGAUCCAAAGUUGCUGGUGUUUUUGAAAUCUUAUCGGAAUACUGUACCUGUUCCUAGGCAUUGGUGUCAAAAGAGAAAAUUUUUGCAGGGGAAACGGGGUAUUGAAAAACAACCCUUUCAGCUUCCUGAUUUCAUUGCUGCCACUGGAAUUGAGAAAAUCAGACAGGCUUAUAUUGAGAAAGAGGACAGUAAAAAGUUGAAACAAAAGCAAAGAGAACGCAUGCAACCAAAAAUGGGAAAAAUGGAUAUAGACUACCAGGUUCUUCAUGAUGCCUUUUUUAAGUACCAGACAAAGCCAAAGUUGACAUCCCUUGGGGACUUGUAUCACGAAGGAAAAGAAUUUGAGGUUAAGUUGAGGGAGAUGAAACCUGGGAUGUUAUCACAUGAGUUGAAAGAAGCUCUUGGUAUGCCCGAGGGCGCUCCUCCUCCAUGGCUUAUUAAUAUGCAGAGAUACGGUCCUCCACUGUCAUACCCUCAUCUGAAAAUCCCUGGACUGAAUGCUCCCAUUCCCACUGGAGCUAGCUUUGGUUAUCAUCCUGGCGGAUGGGGAAAACCUCCAGUUGACACGAAUGGAUGCCCACUGUAUGGAGAUGUUUUUGGUGUUCAACAAGAACAGCCUAACUAUGAGGAAGAGCCGAUUGAUAAGACCAAACACUGGGGUGAUUUGGAGGAGGAGGAAGAAGAAGAGGAGGAAGAAGAGGAGGAGGAGGAAGAAGAAAUGGAGGAUGAGGAACUUCAAGAUGGUAUCCAAUCUGUUGAUAGUCUGUCAAGCACUCCCACUGGAGUGGAGACACCUGAUGUUAUUGACCUACGUAAGCAACAGAGAAAUAAGGAGCCUGAGAGGCCGCUUUAUCAAGUCCUUGAAGAGAAAGAAGAAAAAAUUGGUGCAGGAUCUUUACUUGUACCCGGACACACUUAUGUGGUUGGGACUGGCUCCGGCACCCAGGACAAGGCAGGUGCUAAAAGGGUCGAUUUGCUUAAAGGCCAGAAGGCAGAUAAAGUGGAUGUCACUUUACAACCUGAAGAGUUGGAGGCCAUGGAAAAUGUUUUGCCUGCAAAGUAUGAAGAAGCAAGGGAGGAAGAGAAGUUGCGUAGUCAACGAGAAGAUUUCAGUGACAUGGUUGCAGAGAAUGAAAAGAAGAGAAAAAGAAAGAUGCAAGAAAAGGAGGGCAAGUCGAAGAAGAAGGACUUUAAGUUUUAGGUUUUUUUGGCGGGUAAAUUGGGUGCUAACCUUUCAUAUUCGUGUAAUUCUCACUUUCUGUGACUGAAUCUGUUUAAUAACUCAUCUGUAUUACAUUAUUUUUGCCUGAAAGUAAUGAUCACUGUUAUAGGAUGCAGUCAAAAUUACCUUGCA